AUGAAGCCCAUUCGCCACCAUGUCUCCCUUCCCUCGAGUUUAGGGACUGGGCUUAUCACGGAACACAUCGAGUUUGAAGGGGCCAUGAAUAACGAAAUGGCCGGCUUUUACCGUAGUAAAUAUAAACCAGCCGUGACACCCGUAAAAUCCGUUCCCUAUGACGAUGAGUGGUGCUACAUGCUCAGUACCCAGUUUGCGCGGCGCGAUGCCCGCCGUGCCUUUCCAUGCUUCGACGAGCCCAACCUUAAGGCAAGCUUUGAAUUUGAGAUUGAGGUUCCCGUCGAUCAAAGUGCCCUCACCAACACGUCUGUCAAGAAUACUAGGCCCACUAAGGAUGAAUGGAACAUGGUAAUAUUCGAAACAACCCCUAUCAUGGGCACGUAUUUGCUCGCCUGGGCUAUUGGUGACUUUAACUUUGAUGCCCUGGAUGUCUAA